AGAAAGUAUUCUUAGAUUUUCCCUUCAUUUGCUUCAAAGUCCUUGGACUACAGAAAAAUAAAAAGACCGCUCUUAGCAUAGGUUUGCGACAACCCUGCUGCAUUUUGUGUAUAAAAAACAACGAAAAUGCCUGAAAGCGACGUGACUAAAAUGAAGGUGGCAGACCUAAAGCGCGAGCUGAAGCUCCGCGGGCUCACCGUGAACGGCAACAAGACGGAGUUACAGGACCGCCUGCAGACGGCGCUACUGGAGGGAGACAUUUCUCUGGAAGACUCGGCAAUAGCUGAUGCCAUUGACGACGACGAUGUGUCCCUAACCGAUGAAGAUGAGCACAAGCUGCUGGGCGUCGAGCAUGACGACGUCGAGGAUGAGCUGCUCAAGAGUCCAGUGAGCACUCCCACCACCGUGUCCGUGCCAGAUUUGCUGGCGGAGAAGGAGGAAACUUUGAGCGCGGUCCCGGCUGUAACAGCUACAACGCCGGCAAAGAAAAUUGUGCUCAAGCGAAACAAUUCCCUGACGGUUACAGGGACUGCGACCAGCUCGAGCACAACAACUUCCAAGGAGAACGAAGCCCCCACCGUAACUACUGGCAACGACACUACCGCAGAGACCCCGGUCAAAAAGCACAAGCCCAUCGUGGUAGGACCCAGGACCGAAGGGGAAAAGUCAUCGGCGGACAAGAAACUCGGCGAGUUGACCGCUCAAGAGCGAUUGGAGCUGCGGGCCAAAAAGUUCGGCAUAACGCCAUCCCCUGCCGCCGCAGCUACAACUGCGUCGCCGGCAGCGUCAGUCAACAAAUCUUCGAGCGCCUCCAUAACGGCCAACAAGGGCAACAAGGAGACGGACGAGCAGCAGAAAGAGGCCCUAAAGCGUCGCGCCGAACGCUUCGGAUGCGUUGUUCCUGACAAAACCCCGAAGGCAGCAGCCGAUGAACGGUUGCAAAAGCGAAAAGAGCGAUUUGGAGCUGAAACUGGAGCUCAGGCUGCAUCAGCGACGUCUGGCACAACGGAAUCAAAGGACGUAUGGUCGGAAAAGGCGCGUGCACGCUUGGAAAGAUUCAAAACUGUCCCGGCUGCCGUGGCCGCUGACGCCACCAAAUAGACACUUCAAAAAUUAAUUACAAAGACAAGCAGAAUCAUAAUUGUAUAUCUUUUUCUUUCGACAAUGGAAGAGCUAUCCCAAUCAUUCAAUCAUGUAUCUAACCCCAGAAGCCACCAAUGCUUGUAGCAAUUAAGCAAAUGUUUAAUAAACGUACAUUUCAAUAAUAGGCAA